UUAUUAUUGUUAUUAUUAUUUCUGUAGCCUUUUGUAAAACUGUAAUCUCUUCUCGGAAUCUAUUCUUCUUCCUCCUCUUCCUUCAAUCUCCUUCUGUUAUAUUACCGUUUCAAGAAGUCCCUCUUCACCUCAUCCUCUGUGACCAAACCCUAACUUUCCCUCGGAUUCCCUCGAAGCAAACGUCCCAAAUUUCUUCCAUUUCCAAGCGUCAAAAGAGACAAGUUUCCUCUUUUUUUUUUUUUCUCGUCUCCUGUUCUCUUGACUGGGCUCCUGAAAUGACGACGUCUUAUCAAGAACACGAAAUGAAUCAUGACGACGACGGAGGGGGUACCUCCGAUCUUAGCACCAGCACCGGAGACCCAGAAGAGAACCCUAACGCCACCACCUUGGCCACCGAUCACAAAGGGCACUCCAGAGUGCAAAAUUCAGACCGUACGGCAGCGUUUCAAGGCAUACAGUUGAAAGAGGAGCCAUUCGACUCGGACCCGCCGUCAGACCCGGACGAGGAGAACCCGCAGGAGGCGGCGCCACCAGGACAGUCCAGCGGAAUGGUCCCCGCGGCCAUGCCGAUGCAGAUGCAGAUUCCCAUGCCCAUGCCGGGCUCGACCGCCGCAAGAAGGUCCUCCACUAAGGACCGCCACACAAAGGUGGAGGGACGUGGCCGGAGGAUCCGAAUACCUGCCACGUGCGCCGCACGAAUCUUCCAGCUGACCCGGGAGCUCGGGCACAAGUCCGACGGCGAGACCGUAAGGUGGCUCCUGGAGCACGCUGAGCAGUCCAUCAUCGAAGCAACCGGGACAGGUACCGUCCCCGCUAUUGCCGUAUCCGUCGGUGGGACCCUCAAGAUCCCCACCACCUCCAACGCACACAACGUCAACGACGACUCCGCCGCCGCCACGGCCACCACAGCCAAGAAACGAAAACGACCAUCCAAUAGCGAAUUCGUCGACGUAAGCGACGCCGUCUCGCAUACCAUCUCACAACCCUCUACUCUCGCACCGGUGCAGCAGGCCACCCCGACAGUCCCACCGGGCCUGGUCCCUGUCUGGGCCGUUGGGAACGCCGGCAUGAUGGUCCCAGCCAAUGCUUUCUGGAUGAUCCCGCAGACCCCAGCUGGACCAACCAAUCAGAACCCGCAGCAGAUAUGGGCAUUCGCUCCUACGGUAUUCAACAUGUCGGCGAGGCCAAUUUCGUCAUUCAUAGCUGCAAACAACCAGUCCGGUGGUAUGAAUGCGAAUGCGAACAUGAAUAUUCCGGUUGGAGUCGAGGUGCGUGCUCCGUCUCCGGGCGCGGUGUCGAACUCUGCUGUGAGUACGAGCUCUGUCGGAGCUAAGGUGGCGAAGAAGUCGUCGUCGACGAUGGCGGCGAGUGUGAGUUCGAGUGGGAAUGGUAGUAGUAGUGGCAGUAAGGCUCAAAUGCUUAGAGAUUUUUCAUUGGAGAUUUAUGAUAAGCAGGAGUUGCAGUUGAUGGGUCGGGCUGGAAACCAGCAAAAACUCUAGUUCAUCGAAGGCGGAGAGAGAUAGAGAGGAAUAGUGGGUUUAGUGUUCACAAUUUCGGGUGCUAUUUUCCACUGAAACAUAAUAAGAACAAUGAGAAAAUUGUCCCUUUUUCUUAUUUAA